AUGUCCGCCCUGAACGCCUUCCACGAGUCUCUUCCAUACAUUGAUGACGAGCCCACACCAGCGGAACGCGAAGCUGCCGAGUCCCUGAUCAGGGCCGAGCUAUCCAGAUCUUCACCGAAACCUGCACCGACUUACGAAGAACCAACCUUCUCUCCUCUUAUCGAGCUCGAGCUCGAGCGUAUUGCCUCCCAACAACCCCUCAAGGCCGUCGACCUCGAACGCUACCAAACACAGGAGCCUUUCGCGGACUCCGGGGAACUAUCGACACCAGAGGACCGCCAGCGUCUUGCCGACGCUCUUCAAAAGGCAUACAUUUCCUAUACCUAUCUCGAUGCCCGUGCUCAGAACCUCAGUUUGCUGGACAAAUGGGGCAAGAAUGCCUGGCUAAUUGGCAACUGGGAACUCGAGAAUGAACUCAAGACUCUCGAGCGGGAUCUCGCCGAAACGAGGCGUUUGAUUGAUGUAUUGACUGUUGCUCGUCGGCGGCAGCAGGAGGAGGUGGCAGCUGAGAUGAAGGGGCUAGAAGAGACUUGGAAGAAGGGGGUUGGAAGAACUUUGGAGACCGAGAUUGCCGUGGAGCAACUGAGGAGGGAUGUCCUGGAAGAGUUGAGAGUAAGAGGGGCUUAA